AUGUCCGAAAAGUCAGCUCUGCUCGACCAGCUCGACAAUCUGCCAAAGAUCCGGCACUUCGAUGCUUUCCCAAAGACGCAGCCACUCUACCACCAACGCUCGUCACGAGGCGGCGUCUGGACAGUAGUAGUAUCAGCGGUGAUCUUUCUUCUCUUUUGCUCCGAACUAUCAAACUACCUCUACAAAGAGCAUGCCUAUGAAUUCUUUGUAGAUUCAAAAGUCGGCGAUGAUAUGCAGAUCAACGUCGACAUGACUGUUGCCAUGCAGUGCCAUUAUCUCACUAUCGACGUUCGCGAUGCAGUCGGAGACCGGUUGCAUGUAUCUGAGCAAGAGUUCAAGAAGGAUGGCACGACUUUCGAGAUUGGCCAUGCGGGGCGAUUAGACUCUCUGCCAAUGAAGGACUUGCGGCGGUUGAAAGAGUACGGCUCCAAACGAUUCGCCAAGACUUCACACCUGGUCAAAGACGGACCCGCGUGUCGCAUCUAUGGAUCCAUGCUCGUCAAGAAGGUCACGGGCAACUUGCACAUAACCACGCUCGGCCAUGGGUACUGGAGCUUGGAACAUACCAAUCACGCGCGCGGCUGUCUUGCUUACAAUCCUGUUGCCCCAACUGCAAUCCCAGUCAUGAAUCUGUCGCAUGUCGUGCACGAAUUCAGUUUUGGUCCAUAUUUCCCUAAUCUUGCACAACCGCUCGAGUCAAGCGUAGAGACAACGGCAGAGCACUUUGCUGUGUUCCAAUACUUCGUCUCCGUCGUCCCGACGAUCUACAUCGAUCAUCGAGGGCGCUCACUCCAGACGAACCAGUACUCGGUCACUGACUAUGCGCGCGUCGUCGAACACAACCGAGGCGUACCUGGCAUCUUUAUUAAGUACGACAUUGAGCCGAUGACGAUGAUCGUCCGCGAGCGCGCAUCGUCCCUGCUGAACUUUCUCGUGCGUCUCGCGAGCACCGUCGGCGGAGUAUGGGUGUGCUCGGGCUUUGCGUACCGUGUCACGAAUCGCGUGGGGACCGUCGUGAAGAAGGUGCGCGACGGCGCGGACCGGGAAGUGGAUCCGUACGAAUACGCAGGGGGCUAUGGCAACGCGAGUGCGACGCGCUAUGCACCGUCCGGCUCGGGCAUACCCAACAUGUUCAGGACGGCGAGCGGGAAGAUUAUCAAUGCUGCUAGCAGUGUCGGCACCGGCAUCAGUGGUGGUAGGGUGCACCGCAAGACGGAGUCGAUGCAACAGAAGAUCAUGAGCGAGGAAGGCAGGGCGUGGUAG